GCUGUCUCCAGCGGCAACACCCCCGCCGCACUCUGCAGCCGCCAAUGAGAGGAGAGGAGAGCGCCGGCUUAUAACAGCUGAGGCCGGUCAGGGAUGUGAGAGAUAAAGGAGGAAAAGAAGGAGAGACUGAUAAAUAGAUACGCGGGCUGUAAGCGGGGCAGGAGGAUCGAGGACAAGAAGAGAGGAUGGAGUCCGGCUUUCCUGCUUCCCCGGCCGGUGGCGAGCAGACUGAGGGUCAGGCCGGCCCCCCCGAGCCCGCGAUGCCGCUACGUCCCGUAGCUAGUCAGAGCCGCUUCCAGGUCGACCUGGUGACCGAGGGGGGAGGAGGGGGAGACGGGCCGAAGGGUGACGCUCCGAGCCCAGCCCAGGAGCGGGGGGAUGGCGGUGGCGGCGGGGCGGGAGCUCCGUCUUCAGCCUCACCACCUGCCCCCGAGCCACCCUCCACCGCCGCCACUGCGGCUGCAGAAGAGGCGAAAGGCAGAUUCCGGGUGAAUUUCGUCGACCCAGCUGCGGAGAAGCCGCCGGCGUCCACCCCGCCGCCCCACGGCUCGGCAUCGGACUUACACGGUCAGCCGCAGCAAGCCGCCAGCGAGAGUAUGAACGGCUACCCCCAGAAUGGCGAUACCAUGCUGAGUGAGGGCAGCCUGCACUCGGCCGGUACCGCAACUCAUCAUUACUACGAUACGCACAGCAACACUUACUAUCUCAGGACUUUCGGCCACAACACCAUCGAUGCGGUGCCCAGGAUCGAUCACUACAGGAACACGGUGGCUCAGCUCGGAGAGAAGCUCAUCAGACCCAGUCUGGCUGAACUGCACGAUGAGCUCGACAAGGAGCCUUUUGAGGAUGGCUAUGUAAACGGAGAAGAAACCAGUCCAGCUGUGGAGGCUGUGUCAAAGCAUGUUGUUGACAAUAAAGGUGUUGUAAAGUUUGGCUGGGUUAAAGGUGUUCUGGUGCGAUGUAUGCUAAAUAUUUGGGGUGUGAUGCUCUUUAUCCGUUUGACAUGGAUUGUUGGCCAUGCUGGAAUAGGUCUUGCUCUUGUAGUCAUUGGCACGGCGACUGUUGUGACCACUAUUACAGGACUAUCAACGUCUGCUAUAACUACCAAUGGAUUUGUUCGUGGAGGUGGAGCAUACUAUUUGAUUUCCAGAAGUUUGGGACCUGAAUUUGGUGGCGCAAUUGGCCUCAUUUUUGCCUUUGCCAAUGCAGUAGCUGUAGCCAUGUAUGUGGUUGGUUUUGCAGAGACAGUUCGAGAUCUGCUUCUGGAACAUAAUGCACUCAUGAUUGACGAAAUGAGUGACAUCCGGAUUAUAGGAACCAUUACUAUUGUAGUCCUGUUUGGCAUAUCUGUCGCAGGGAUGGAAUGGGAAGCUAAGGCUCAAAUUGUGCUUUUGGGAAUCUUGCUGAUAUCUAUAUUUAACUUCACUGUGGGAACUUUCAUUCCAGCCAAUGACAAACGAGCGAAAGGAUUCUUUAAUUAUCAAGGUGAAAUAUUUUCUGAAAACUUUGGGCCAGAUUUUAGAGAAGGAGAAGGUUUCUUCUCUGUCUUUGCUAUUUUCUUCCCUGCUGCUACUGGUAUCCUUGCUGGAGCAAACAUCUCUGGUGAUCUUGCAGAUCCACAAUCAGCCAUACCUAAAGGCACACUCUUGGCUAUUUUAAUCACCACAAUAGUUUAUGCAGGAGCUGCCAUUUCUACAGGUUCCUGUAUUGUACGUGAUGCUACAGGGAAUCUUACUGAUGCUAUCCCUCCUGGAACAGUGACUAACUGCACUACCGCAGCCUGUAAACUGGGCUUCAAUUUUUCCUCUUGUGCCACAAAUAAAUGCGCGUAUGGUUUAAUGAAUGACUUCCAGGUCAUGAGCCUGGUAUCUGGAUUUGGGCCUUUGGUUACUGCAGGAAUCUUUUCGGCUACACUUUCUUCUGCCCUGGCGUCAUUAGUGAGUGCUCCCAAAAUAUUCCAGGCUUUGUGUAAGGAUAAUAUAUAUCCCGGUCUUCACAUUUUUUCAGUUGGUUAUGGCAAGAACAAUGAACCAUUACGUGGAUAUGUUCUCACAUUCUUCAUUGGUCUGGGAUUCAUACUAAUUGCUGAGCUGAAUGUCAUUGCGCCAAUUAUUUCCAAUUUUUUCCUGGCUUCAUAUGCUUUGAUUAAUUUCUCAGUGUUCCAUGCUUCACUUGCUAAAUCUCCAGGUUGGCGACCUGCCUUUAGAUUCUAUAACAUGUGGAUUUCAUUGAUUGGUGCUAUCUUGUGCUGUGGAGUAAUGUUUGUCAUCAAUUGGUGGGCAGCGCUAUUGACAAAUGUUAUUGUUCUUGCUUUAUAUAUCUACGUCACCUACAAGAAGCCAGACGUGAAUUGGGGUUCUUCCACACAGGCUUUGACUUACCUGAAUGCCUUGCAACAUGCCAUACGGCUUACAGGUGUUGAGGACCAUGUAAAAAAUUUCAGGCCCCAAUGCCUAUUGAUGACAGGUGCUCCUACAUCCCGUCCAGCUUUGCUCCAUCUAGUUCAUGCCUUCACCAAAAAUGUUGGACUAGUGGUCUGUGGACAUGUUCAUAUGGGACCUCGUAGACAAGCCUUGAAGGAAAUUUCUACCGAUCAGGCUAAGUACCAACGGUGGUUAAUCAAAAACAAAAUGAAAGCCUUCUAUGCGCCUGUCUAUGCAGAAGAUCUGCGUGAGGGAACACAGUUCUUGCUUCAGGCUGUAGGACUUGGUCGAAUGCGGCCCAACACACUAGUCUUUGGCUUUAAAAAAGACUGGCGCCAAGCUCUUAUGAAGGAUGUGGAAAAUUACAUCAAUACUAUUCAUGAUGCAUUUGACUAUCAGUAUGGAGUAGUCGUCAUUAGACUAAAGGAAGGUUUUAAUAUUUCUCAUCUUCAAGCGCAAGAAGAGCUGUGCACUUCUCAGGAGAAAUCUGCUCAUCCGAAGGAUAUAGUGGUGAAUCUGGAGCAUUCUGAUGCAGAGUCUUCCAAGCCAUCUUCUAAAUCAGUGAGUGAAACCAACAGCCCAGCAGUGUCACAAGACCAAAAAGAUGAAGAAGAUGACGGCAAGGCAUCAACACAGCCACUCUUGAAAAAAGAGGCUAAAGGUCCAUCUGUGCCUUUGAAUAUGACUGAUCAGAAGCUGCUUCAGGCCAGCUCUCGCUUCCAGAAGAAACAGGGAAAAGGGACAAUUGACGUCUGGUGGCUUUUUGAUGAUGGAGGUCUGACGCUACUUAUCCCAUAUCUUCUCACUACGAAGAAAAAGUGGAAAGAUUGCAAGAUCAGAGUCUUCAUUGGUGGAAAAAUAAACAGGAUAGACCAUGACAGGAGAACAAUGGCCGCUUUACUCAGCAAGUUCAGGAUAGAUUUUUCAGACAUUACUGUUCUCGGGGAUAUGAACACUAAGCCAAGCAAAGACAAUAUUGCAGCUUUUGAAGAAAUGAUUGAGCCAUUCAGACUUCAUGAGGAUGACAAAGAACAAGAAGCAUCUGAGAAAAUGAAGGAGGAGGAACCAUGGAGGAUCACGGAUAAUGAGCUCGAAAUCUACAAAAUGAAGACAUACCGACAGAUCAGACUGAAUGAAUUGCUGCGGGAGAAUUCAGGCACUGCUAACCUCAUCGUCAUGAGUUUGCCAGUGGCACGAAAAGGUGCUGUAUCCAGUGCGCUGUAUAUGGCCUGGAUUGAAACUCUGUCAAAGGAUUUGCCACCCAUCUUACUUGUGCGAGGAAACCACCAGAGCGUUCUUACUUUCUACUCCUAAAUGCUUAGCACAGGGCAUUGCUCUGAUAACUCCAGUACAGCAGCUGAAAGUAGGAAAUAAUGAAGAGUCCUGCGCUUUGGUGUGUUUCACAUAUCCAAUUGAUCAAAAACAAAAUAAGCACACAAAGGAAGAAAUCCUUGAGUUACAAGGAUCCAAGAACUACUUGAUUUUUACCCUGAUGAUCUGUCAAUUUGCCUGAGUUUGAUUUGAAUGAAAGCAUAUUUUUCUGACUAUACACAGAAAGUUUUCUUUCUGCUACUGGAACAACAGCAAUAAUAAGUUUUCUUUUGAAGUAACUUAAUUAAAUUGCAUUGAUAUGAAAAGCCUUUACAGCCUUACUGAGGUGCCUUCCAAAAAAUAUUGCUUACCAAAUUUCAUUGAUUCCCUAUUUUAUGUAUAACGAAUGAUUGUUGUUAAAUGAAGUGGUCUAAUAUAAUCUAGUUAGUGCUUUAGAUGGAACAUGAAUUCUCAAAGAGGGUGUAUUUUUCACCUGUCACAAAAAAAAGCUGCUUUCACAACUUUGGUCUUCCACAGGGCUGCUAUUAAUUGAAAACAUGUUCUAAGUUCAGCACUCAAAAACUCUGAUAUUUAAGUAGCCCAGUUUCAUCAGCAAUGCUUGUUUGUUGCCCUUUAGUUCCCCCAUUUCUGUGAAAUGCACUGUGGGAGUGAUUUUGAGGGUAAUCAUUUUUGAAGAUUGUUGCUAUAUGUGGUAAUGUGCCUGUAUAUCAGAAAAAGGAAGUUUAAGUUUUAAGAUGAAGUAGAGAAGGGCAACUGCCAGGUUUGUAAAGAGUACCGUAUUUCUCUCGGACUGUCGUGCACACCUCACCCCUCCCACAGCCCUCAUUUGAGAAAAUCUGGGAAUUUAACUUGCUUACACUGUAUGCAAAUAUUUCUUGCGUGUUGUAACAGCAUUGAGGCUUAAGGAAAAUCAUAGUUAUGCUGUCACAUGUUUUUAACUGCAGAAUAAUACUUUGAAAAGGGAAUAUUAAAAAAAGUUACCAGCUUUAUAGGUUUUUAGCUGGCCUUUCUAUUACUUGUGGAAAUGUAAAACAGCUAAAAUCUUGAAAAUGCACCUCUCAUCCCCACCUUUUGCUUCACAAGUUAAAGGGGCACCUUCUUCAUGAAAAUGUUAAUUACAGGAUAUAAUGUGAAUUGUGCUGAAAUGCAUUGUUGCAUCACUUGCUUGUAAUAUCUUAAAGGAAAAAAAAUAAGCCACAGCUAUCCCAAUUUCUAUUCACAAACUUUUUUUAAUGUUAACAUUUGAAAUGUUUGCCAAAUACUUUUUCAUGAAGGUAUUGUCACUUUAACUGGUAUACACUAGCCCAGACUUGGCUUCAUCACAGUUUUGCUCAUUAAUAUUCUUGCACCAAGUGGGUAUGAAAUAAGCUAUGUUCUUUUCCCAUUGCAAUUAAAUGCAUGACAUUUGAAAUCAUUAUCAAAGUAAUAUAUCUUAAUUUGAAUUACUUAAAGGUUGUAAACAGUGACCAUAAAAAUGAAGAGCAAUUUCUUAAAUCUUUAUAAUUAUUAGGAAUGUUCUAACUUGAAAGGCUGUUGUGCUUCCUCCUUCAUAUGAAUGAUUUCUUAAAAAUCUAUAUAGACUGAUAUUGAACAGUAUCAUUUAAUAAUGCUCAGUACAUAGAGUUCUGUUAGAGGACAAAAAUUUAAUCUUCUGUGAGCCAGUGUACUGCUUAGUUCAGCCAGCUAAAGGUUGAUUUUUUUUUAAAUGAAUACCAAAUGAACUUUGUGUAUAUAUGCAUAAAAGAUGAAAUGUAGAAAGAGUAGCUUACAAAUUGCAGGGUGCAUUCUCGUGGUCUCUUAUGUAUCCUACACUGCCACUGUUCAACAAUUUAUGCUAACUCCAAGAGGAAACGGAAAUCACUUCUGUCCAAAAGGUGUAGCUGUUACUGGUGUUGUGUUCAUUCCAUGCUGUAGGCAUCAAUUACCCACGUUCAGAAAUGGUCUCAUUGCUUUUGUAAAGUGUUUUGUAGCCAAAGCUAAAACUUACUGUAGUUCAUUAUUGGCAACUAACCAAUUCACAAAAAACACAAGUAAUCUUCACAAAUGUGAAAUUGCACCGUACACUGAAUACUUAUGUAUUUAACCUUUUAUUGUGAAGGAAAUUACUGCGAGGGUGACUAGGAGAAAUGGCUGGUUUUGAUUUAUUUUUCUGUUAAUUUAUUCAUCUAAUGAUUUUGUGUAAAUCAGCACAAUUCCUUUCCUUUUUACAUUCAAUUUGGUUAUUUUACGGGGUUCUUUUUAAAACUCAAUGCUGUAUUCUGUAAAUUUCAAUCUUUUUUUAAAAAAUGCGUCUACAGAAUUGUUUAACAAAGCUAUGUUUGGAAAUGAUUUCAUGACCAUGUUUUUUCCAGAGGGUAAACUACCCAAAGAGGCUGAAUGAAACAUUUUGAUAAACUGUACUAUAAUUCACUGAAAUGCUUUUCUAAUUAUUUUAACAUUAAAAGUAUUAAAGAUGAUACUUUGUACAUCGUUAUUGCAAUAAAGAAUAAGUUACACUA